GCGAGAUGAGGAGAAAUGGCAAAAGAAAACAGAGCUGAGGAGGAAUUUCACACAGUUUUCAGUAGAAACGAUUCUCUGGAGCUUUCUGCACAACACGACCAUGACACCACGCAGGCUCGGACCUUUAAGAUCAUCGUGAUCGGGGACUCGAACGUGGGGAAGACGUGUCUGACGUACCGGUUCUGCGGAGGCACCUUCCUGAAAAACCCCGAGGCGACGAUCGGGGUCGAUUUCAGAGAGAGGUCUGUGGAGCUGGAUGGAGAGAGUGUCAAGUUGCAGAUCUGGGACACGGCAGGUCAGGAGCGUUUCAGGAAGAGCAUGGUGGAGCACUACUACCGCAGCGUCCACGCAGUUGUCUUUGUGUACGACGUGACCAGCCUCUCAUCCUUCGAUAGCAUCCCAGAGUGGAUUGAGGAAUGCAGCCGACACUGUGUGGGGCCCCUGGUCCCCCGCAUCAUGGUGGGAAACAAGUGUGAUCUGAGGGACCGCAGGGAGGUCUCCACAGCGGCGGCCCAGUGUCUCGCUGACAGAUACAACUUCCCGUUGUUUGAGACCUCAGCCAAAGACCCUGCUGAGAAGGAGCAUGUCGAUGCCAUUUUUCUGACGAUAGCUUAUAGGCUGAAGAGUCACAAACCUCUGAGACUGAAGCAGCUGAGUGAGAGCGGUGUGAGGGGUCUGUGGAACCACAGAGAGCAGGAAGAAGCAGCUUGUCAAUGCUGAGGUCAACUCCAUCUUAUAGGGAUUUAUAUGAAGGUCACCCAUUGUCAGGGAUAAUAAAGAUGCUGAGAAAUGCAGCAUUGAGUUGAGCUUUCAAACGUUGACCUCUAAAAGAAACAAAUGCUACUUAUGAUUUUGGUCCCCUUCCUACUGUAAGGCACAGCUUGUGACAGUAUGGGUAAUAAUGUAUAUUUAGGUUUGCACAGUAUUGAAUCAACAUUUCAUUGGAAUGCACGACUCGAUUUGGAGUUAUGACGAGAAUGUCAAACUGUUCAUGAUCACUCACAGCAUUGCAGAGUACGUUUUAUUAUGCACAUGAAUUUAAAAAAUGCAGCCGUCUAGUAGCACUACAACUUUCAGAAUCCAAAGCAGACAGUAAACAAAGGGAAAAAACAGAUUCACUGUGCAUAAAGGGACCAGUGAGAUAAACUGUGAAGUAAACAUUCUCUAUAAAUGUUUUACAGUGACAUGCAAUUUCUAAAACUGUGAGUUUUGAUGCUGUAAUAUAAAUAUGAACAUUUUCAGCUUUAUGAUGUCAGAACUAACCCAUAUUUGACUGGUACUUUUUUGCAUGUGUUCAAUAAUGCAAAUGUUUACCAGUGGCACAAAGAAUUGGAAGAAUAUAAAGCUGCAAAUCAAUAAAA